CUGAGUAGGCUAACCCUAGAAAAAUUCCCCAAAUUGAACAAUAUGGUAUCAGAGCGGGUCAACGGCGACUGGGGAGGUUGAACCCUAGCUGGCGAGGUCGCAGCGGCGCGGGCCGAGGCGAGGUUGGCGCGGCGCGACGACGCACGCGCGAGGCCAGCGUGGCCGCACGCGGUGGAGACGGUUGGUGGCCGCGGCAGGAAGCGGCGCUGUGCCGGCGCAGGACGGCAGCGCUGCUAAGGCAGGACGUGGAGUGAGGAAGCGACGGUGUCGACGGCAGGGAGCACCAACGGCGACGACGCGUGCGGAGGGCUAGCUGGUGACGGCGUGUGGCAGAGGAGCAGGUUGUUGCUGCUGCUGGUGAGGUGUUGGUGCUGCUGCUACUUGAGAAGGUGAAGUGGGCGCUUGGCUUGCUGUUGCUACUGUAUUUGCUGCUGCUGUGCUGAUUUGGGGAAGAAACUGAGUACUUGCUGCUGUGCUGAAAACUGAGAAGUAGUGCUAUUGCUGCUGUUCUGUUUUGGUGAGAAACUGAGGAGUAGUGUUGUUGCUCCUAUUAGUUGAUUUGGCUAAUAUUUGAUCUGCCAUGGGGGAUUGAAGUCUGGUCCUUGUUGUAUCUCUGUUAAUGUGGUAAAGAAGAAGCUAAGGGAAGAAAAAAAAAAUGUCUUCUGGGGAGGGAAAGGAGGUUGUGGAUACUUUCUUGCUUGUUACUAAAGGUGAUAUGAAAGGUUUGCUAGAAGAUUUGCUGAAGAUGGGCAUGAUAGGUCCUAGGAAUGCGGCUGGAGUGUCUGAAGUGAAACUAGAAUUGAUGCCAAAUGAGUUGAGGUUGGAGGGGAGCAAAAAUUAUUUGAGUUGGUGUAGGAGAGCCCAACUGAUGUUGAGAGCAAAAGGGGUGGAUCAUUUUUUACUAGAGAGUUGUGAAGAACCUUCUGAUAAGGAGAGCCAAGCAUGGAGGACGUGGAAUACUACAAAUUCCACUGUGGUAUCUUGGUUGAUGAACCGGUGGCUCCUUCUAUUGGCAGGAUGAUAGAAGCUAUCCAGAAUGCUGCAGUUGUAUGGAAGACGCUGAGCAACAUGUAUUCAGGAGAGGGAAAUGUAAUGAUGAUGGUUGAGGCUCAGAACAAAGUGGAGAAUUUGAAGCAAGAGAGGAGAACAGUCAAAGAGUACGCUAGCGAGCUGCAACAGUUAUGGGCAAAUCUUGACCACUAUGAUCCCUUACAAUUGAAACAUGAGGAUGACAUUGUGAUUGGAAAUAAAUGGCUGCAGAGGCGAAGAGUCAUUCAUUUCUUGAAGGGGUUGAACAAGGAGUUUGAGGAUAGGAGAGCAGCUAUGUUCCACCAAGCUACAUUGCCCACUAUGGAAGAGGCCAUUUCAGCAAUGGUGCAGGAAGAGAUGAGAUUGAGGUUGAUGAGAGGUACAAAUUCUAUAAGAUCAGCAUACAUUGCAGCUGAUAAUAGGGAAUGCUACAAUUGUGGGCAAGUGGGUCAUGUGAGCUACAAUUGUCCCACUUCCCGGAACAUUGGUGGUAGGGGAUCGAUUCGAGGAGGGCAUGGUGGAACUCGUGGUGGAUUUGGAGGAGACCGUGGUGGUUUUGGGGGAAAUCGUGGUGGUAGAGGAGGUGAUCGUGGAGGUCGUGUUGGAGGUCGUGGUAGGGGCAGAGGUGUUCCUCAGGCCAAUGCAGCUACGGAGGAUGGGAAAGCUGUUACCCUAAUAGGUGAACAAGUGACACAAUGGGAGGAAUGGUAGAAGAACAAG